AUGCAUCUUUCGGUUUCCACAAGUGUAGCUGUUUUAGCUGCAUAUUACAGCUUUCCAGCGUUUUCCUUGGUCCAUCAGUCUCAGCAAGCAGCCAUUGCGGGAGAUGAAAUUCUCCUAGGCUCUUCCACCCACCUCGAAUCUCGUGAUGAUAAAGAAAAACCUCCCACUCUCUUGGUUGAGAUCUACAAUGACCGGGAUCACUCUAUCAACGCAUACAUAGCAGGAAAAGAACCCAUUCAUAAGACCCAGAUAUUUCUACAGGCGGACACUCAGGAGUACUAUAAUUUCACCGCCCAGGUGACGACGCAAGCAAUGCUAGACUCGACUCCCUUUGCGAUCCAUAUUGCCCCAAAGCAAACAACGACAGUGAACUUGCCGGAUUAUCUGGAAUCCGGUCGUAUAUGGUUGGCUGAAGGCGACUUACACUUCAAGGUCAAUCAGGACGGCAGCUUUGCGGAGCCGUCCGGGUCAGAUCCGUCUCUUCCAGAAUAUAAUCUCAAAUGGGGCUUUGUCGAGCUUACUCACACGAAAGACGCGACAUUUGUCAACUUAUCCUUCGUGGAUUGGGUCGGCCUUAGUAUUGGGAUGAGCUUAACUUCCGAAAAAGGAACCGAGGAAGUAAAGGGCCUGGAAGGGGGUGCACUGAAGAAGAUUUGUGAGGAAAUGAAGCAGCAAUCCUCAGCAAAGGAUGCAGGCGGUCGGCCUGAAUGGGGACAGAUGUGCGUUAACGCCGCAGACGGAGCCCUCGUGAGGGUAAUUUCCCCAAAUAUUUACUCUUCCCUCGAUCGCGCCAGAAACAGCAUGGCCGAUUUUUACACAUCAGAUAUAGAUGCCAUGUGGACGCGGUAUGGCAAAGAAGACCUUGUAAUCCACAUGCAGAGCGAGGAAAACGGAUUGGCAUUACCAACAGCAGGACAAGGCGUCAGUGCUACAUGCCGUGUUCAAGGAGCCAACAUGACCUGCGACAGGACUGCUGGAGCAUACAGCUAUGGAAAGCCAACCACCGCAGACAUAUGGGGCUGUGACUCGGGCCCGUUUGUCGUAGGCCCGGUCGAUACUGCUAUACCCAUCACCAUGUUCCACAGCAGGAUUAUACCUCGCCUAUGCGCUAUGUUUACUCGUGGCACGCAUGCUUUAACUGACGGCAACACUCAGCCCUACACGGAUAUUACUCAGUACUACAAGCAUCCAGUGUGCAACCACUAUAGCCGGAUCGUACACAACCACCUGGACAAUUUGAAGGGCUACGCCUUUGCGUACGACGAUGUCAACCCCGACGGAAUCGACCAUAAUGCUGCUGGUGUUCUUUUCGCCAGCUUCCCGGAAAAGUUUCAUAUCGACGUGAAGCGAGACUAG